AUGUCUACUUCAGUCACCGCCUCCACCUCCCUCCCUGACUGCCCUCGCCCCAGUCGCUUGCGCCGCUUCAGUCUACGAACCUACAAUCAGAAUCCACCCACCUCGCCCAGCGGGCAGCACUCGUAUAGACACAGUUUGAGUAGCCGAAUUCACUGGCGGCUCUCGAAUCCGGGCUCCAUCUCUCCGACAGCGACCUCCCCAGCUCCAUGUCCGGAAAGUGACCACCCAAUUCUCUCUCGUUACACUUCUGCACCCGCCCCGAGUUACGGUUUUGGUACCGAACUCAAUAGUCAAGUGUCAUCCACCGAUUCCGCCGCUUCCACACCUUCCAACGACCCUAUUCAAUCGCCCAAUCCCAUGGCGCGCCUGAGGAGCACCUCGGCCGCCCAUCGUCCGCCACCUCGCACGUUGGAUCGUGCCACAAACAACUCUCAAGAGAUCACCCCGUCCCUUGAACCGGGCGCUGUUCAAAGCAAUGCGACCGAACCCACCAGCGCUGCUGCCGAUGGACAGGUGACUCUUCCCAAAUCGGAGACCAAGGCGACUAUUCGGUUUUUCCCCUACCAGGAUGCCCUUCAGAGUUCGAGGCCCUCGUUGCCUUUCGUCCCAGUCGCCCGUACCCUUCCAUCAGAGAGCUGUGUUAUUCGCGUCGGUCGAUACUCGGAGCGUGAUGGUGUGCCCCGCCCUAACCCGACCGAACCUUCAGAUUCUCCCGUAGGGUUCAAAUCCAAGGUCGUUAGCCGGAAACAUUGCGAGUUUCUAUACAUGAAUGGACAGUGGCACAUUAAGGAUGUUGGUAGUUCUUCGGGAACCUUUUUGAACCACAUGCGUUUGAGUCAGCCAAACAUGGUGUCUCGUCUGUACUCCAUCAAAGACGGCGACAUCGUGCAGUUGGGUAUAGACUUCCGAGGGGGAGAAGAAAUGAUCUUCCGAUGCGUUCGGAUUCGAAUUGAGUGCAAUCGAUCGUGGCAGCAGAAGCCUAACGAGUUCAACAAAAAUACAGAAAGCCUUAUUAAAAACUUGGGCAAGGGUGAGACGGCUGACUAUUCGGGUUGUCGUGAAUGCUCGAUUUGCCUUGGCUCGGUCUUGCGACCUUAUCAGUGUUUGUUUAUGGCGGCCUGCGCGCAUGUCUGGCAUUACAAAUGUAUCAGUCGUUUACUCCACUCCCCCGAUUACCCAAUGUUCCAAUGCCCCAACUGUCGUGCAUUCACCGAUCUCAGCGCCGAAGUUGAUGACUCGAAUGACGUGGAGGAAAAACGAGAGAAGGAGCCGGUAGAAAACCGGACAUCCUCUGCCGAACGGCCUGAAACAGAGGCGCCUUCGGCCGUCGAAACAAACGGCAUGGAACGGCCCUCAGAUCAGCUCGGAGAUCUUCCCGAAGAAGAAAACCUGGUCAACAAUGUUGAGAACCUGCAUCUACAAGAUGACCAGCAAACGGAUGACACUCGAAGCUCAGCCUCGCCAGCCCCUCACUCAAGCACCGAUGACCUCGCCCGCAGCGCCACAGUCAACAUCCCCGGGUGGCAACCGACGCCACCAGUCAAUGUGCCGUCCGGUCGCCCAUCACAACUAAGAUCUGAGACGCCAACAUCUGAUGAUAACCCGUUGACCCCGCGAAAUGACUCGGGGCCUUUGGCCUUCGAUGGCAGAGCAGGAAUGCCGUAA